CCUCGCUGGCUGUGAGACUCCAGCUACUUCACUAUGAGACUUCUCGCCCUUUCUGGUCUGCUCUGCAUCCUGCUCCUCUGUUUGUGCAUUUUCUCCUCAGAAGGGAGAAGGCAUCCUGCCAAGUCCUUGAAACUCAGGCCCUGCUGUCACCUAUCUCCUAGAUCCAAACUGACAACCCGGAAAGGAAACCACAUGAGGCCCUGCAGACCAUGCAGAAGCAAGCUACCACCCAAGACAUGGGUGGUGCCGGGGGCUCUCCCACAGAUAUAGGGCCUCCCGAGGCCUGCCUCCACCCAGAUGAAAGGUUGAUACCUGGAUGUGAAGACGACCCCCCUACCGACCUUCAUGGCCCGUGAGCUGUGACACCAGAAUGCUUCACUUCAGCCAGCUGGGAGGAUUGCAGAAUUCCAAGUCCCCAUUCCAAAGGUGCAGCCAACCUUCAGAGUCACUAAGAUCCAGGCUCAGCCCACAAGUCUUCAUGGCUGCUCCUACAGAGUAAAAGUCUAAGAUUCCACCUGUGGGAGCUACAGAUCCAGAGACUUCCACGCUGACUAGAAUGCACAGUAACAAGGCCUCGGUGUGAUCAGCAGAGACUACAGCAUCUCGGAAACCAUCAGUCAGCCUCCUUGCAUUUAACCCAUGGUGUCUGAACCCAAUGCCUGUAACUUCCUAACGUAAUCACCAGAAGCACACCAAAAUUAAUAAAUCAUAA